AUGGAUAUUGAUCCAAUAUCAAAAAGUGCCAUUAUAUUUGGUUGUGAAUGGGCUCUAUCUGAAAAUUUAAAAGUGAAUCAAAAAGUACUAACCAAACGAAUCACAGAAUAUGUCAAAGGACUGCUUACUAUAAUGUUUCACACUGGUACUGCUAAUCCUAGGCUGAAAAUGAAUACUAAUGAAAUACACGAGGAGCUUUUGAAAAGAGUAACAGAUAAUGAAAUUUCCAAAGAUAAUGUGCUGAAAGUUUCUAUAAUUGCAAAUUGGAUAAUAAGUAUAUCACGAUCAUUCAAGAAAACUAUGAUACUAAGGCUUCUUGAGGAAGCGGAAUCAUCUGAACAAUAA